GCUCGGUCCCUAACAGAGGGGCCGGGGCCGGGGGGCACUUUUGAGGCUCCGAGAGACAGAGCUGGAGCAUCAAGAGUAAAGGGUCAAGCAUCAAGCUGAGAGCGAGGGUAACCCGCGUUUGGAGGGGGCAGAGGGCCCAGACUCCUGGGUUGUGAUGACGGAGCGGCUGGGAUUUCGGACCCUUGAGUCCCGAGGGGUAAAGGACUGGGAUUUGGAAUCCUAGGUCCCGGGGGGAAAGCGCAGGGAGCCGGGACCCCUGGGUCCUGGGAAGAGGGGGUGAGGGUCUGAACUCCAUGCUCCAGAAAGAGAGGUUGGAUUGAGUCGUUGGGGGCGUGGUUGUUUAAAAUCCGCCAAGGUCUGGGUGUGGAAGGCCCAGCGCCAGGCCACAGGGAUUCACAAUGGCCAUGACCCUGCCCCCGGCCCGGGAUUUCCCGGGUCGCCACCCGGCCCGAGGCCCCGGGCUUAACAGGAAUUCCCCAUGUGCGGGGAUUCCACGAGUGCCACGCUUGGCCACGCAUCGCUUCUCGGAGCCCGACACCUGCGGCAUUGAGCCGGGAGGAAGAGGGAGGUGGAAGAUUCCCUUGCGUGAGCGCCGUGACGUCAGCGCGUUGCGCCCGGGCUGUUUCCGAGUCCGCCCUUCCCCCCUUAACCCUUCCUCCGCCGGAACUGGCUCGGAAGGGUGAAGGCUGAGGGCUCCGCCUUUCUGAGUUGCGCAAACUAGGCGACUAGAAGCGAGGACCGGGUCUUAGUCGGGGAGUGGGCUGAGGGCCCGUACUUCUGGCGGGGGAGUGGGUGCAAGUCUCCCAGACUCCUGCGGGGUGGGGCCUGGACUCCUGAGUCUGAAGUGGGGGGCCGAGAUCGGAACCUUUGGAUCCCUGAUAAGCGAGGGGGUUAUUGACUUCGUGGCUCCUCGGGGAAAGGGGCUGGGGACUCGGAUGCCUGGUUUCCCGAAGAAGGAGUAUCAGGGCAGAGAACCUGCAUGUGUGUCUCCGGAGAGUGAUGCCCAGCGACGCCCCGAAUCCUUCAGCCCUGGGAGAUCAAGGGGUGGGAUUUUUCACGGAAGUGGCGGAGCAGGGGGUUGCAGAGGGCGCCCUCCACCCCCUUCCUCAGUUUCCACGACGCUGGUGGAAAGUUGGGUCAGAGGGGAAAGUGCGGAGCAAAAGGAAGGAAAUGGCGGAGGCGGCGCCACACCCGAAAUCUUAGAUUGGCUUGGGAGCUCUCUGGCGACAUCAGUGUGCCAGUUUUUCCGCGCAGGAGGGCGAGGAGAGCGCCCUCCCCCGCGCGCUUAGAUGAUUUAAGGACCUCUGGUAACUUCCUUCCCACCUCACCCCACAGUGAGUCGGAAUGAGCGUAGCCACUGCCCAUCGCAGACGGUGAAGAAGCUUCUGGAGGAACAGAGGCGCCGCCAGCAGCAGCCUGACGCCGGUGGGCUACCGGGACAGUUCCCACCUCCCCUGGCCCAGCCCCUAACCCCAUCUGUGAAUGAGGGUGAAGCUGGACCCCCUGGAUACCCGGCUCUAUGUAGAACCUUCCCUGCCACAGACAGGAUCCUGGAGAGGUUCUGCACUCCCCUCAGGACCCCCACAGUUGCCCCCUGUGGUCACCGGACCAUCCCUGGACACUGCCCGUGCUCAAAUGCUGGCUUUGGGGCCACAACAGCUGCUAGCCCAGGAUGAGGAGGGAGACACGCUCCUGCACCUGCUUGCGGCUCGAGGGUUGCGCUGGGCCGCGUAUGCUGCAGCUGAGGUGCUGCAAAUGUACAGACAUCUGGACAUUCGUGAGCAUAAGGGCAAGACUCCGCUCCUGGUGGCUGCUUCUGCCAACCAGCCCCUGAUUGUGGAGGAUCUACUGAACCUGGGAGCAGAACCCAAUGCCACGGACCAUCAAGGACGUUCCGUCUUACAUGUGGCCGCUACCUAUGGGCUCCCAAGAGUCCUCUCGGCUGUGAUUAAAUCAGGGGUUCGGGUUGACCUGGAAGCCAGAGACUUCGAGGGCCUCACCCCCCUCCACACAGCCAUCCUGGCCCUCAACGUCGCUAUGCACCCACCCGACCUGUGUCCCGCUGUCCUGAGCACCCAGGCCCAAGACAGGCUGGCUUGCGUCCAGAUGUUGCUGCACAUGGGUGCUGACCACACCAGCCAGGAGAUCAAGAGCAACAAGACAGUUCUGCACUUGGCUGUGCAGGCCGCCAACCCUACUCUGGUUCAGCUCUUGCUGGAGCUGCCUCGAGGGGACCUGCGGGCCUUUGUCAACAUGAAGGCCCAUGGGAACACAGCCCUCCACAUGGCGGCCGCCCUGCCCCCUGGGCCAGCCCAAGAGACGAUCGUGCGACGCCUGCUGGCAGCGGGGGCGGAUCCGACACUGCGCAAUCUGGAGAACGAGCAGCCUGUCCACCUGCUCCGGCCCGGGCCGGGCCCCGAGGGGCUGCGGCAGCUAUUGAAGAGGAGCCGUGUGGCACCCCCAGGCCUGUCCUCUUAGGACUCAAACCCAGAACCUGGACUGAUUUUCCAGUCCCCACCGUCCUGUGGGACAGCCAGCGUAUGCUAAUGUUGCAAAUCCGUGAUAAUGUAUGUGGAGUGUGCUGCCUUUUGGGGUCUUACAUUAAAACCCCAGGAUGGCUGCUGAGGGGUAAACAGUCCCCAAUAUUUGGGGUGGUCUGAUACCCCUUCCCCACCCACAAGGGGCCCUCUUGAUGAUUUCUGUGAAAUCGAGGCCCCUUGAUUGUUUCUGUGAAACACCCUGGACCCCUAACCCUUUCCCCACCAGGAUCUUUUGGGGUCCCUUCCCCUAACUCAGCUCUUUAUACCUGGAACCCCAGGUGUAACUCCCCUAUACAGUACUGGGGUACCCCCAAAACAGCUUCUAGUACCAUCCCAGUAGCACUCCUCAGGUGACCCCCUAACCUCUCCGGGACCCCUUCCCUUCAGGUCUUUAACCCUGAGACAUAGGAAGGACCUUCUUUGAUUAGGGUCCUACUGCUUUUUGACUCAGAACUGAACAGGGCCCCUGCCCCAGACCCCAGUAUUUCCAGUGAGUCCCUCUGUCUGAAACUCCUAUUAAAGUCAAUAUGGACUAGA